AUUUUGCCAGAGGUGUGGCAGGAGUCUAAUCGUGGGCCCCUUGAUCUUGACCACGCCAGCUCCCUUGUCUGUGUCUGGUCUGUCACUGUUCAUAGCCGAGGCCGAGUAUAUGACAUAUAUUCGGAAGUUCUCCGGACGGGAGACCGGCCGGAUCGGUCCGAAGGUGACCGAGGUUGCUGAGGCCGAUCGCAUGACAUUUGCCGAGGCGAUCUUUGAUGGUCCUUCAUCUUGGUUUUGCCAAGUGGGCCUUGGCGUAGUCGGGUUGGGCCAUUUUCCUGUUGGGCUGGAUACCCCCAUUCCCGGGAGUCCCCCGCUGCCCAACUCGAGUGCUGACGAGAGGUGGGGAGUGUCCCAACUGGCAAGAUUUCACACGUGUCCCCUCGAUUCUGAGAAGUUUCCCGAAUGUCAUACAUUCAUUCGCCAUCCUCGGCCUGCGGCCACUCCCGAGCUUCAAGCACACGCGCAAAAACUGCUGGAAGAUUGUCGGCCUAAAUCGCCUCACAUGUACACGGUGUGUACGGAGCAAAACUUAGCGGAGGUGGGGAUCCUUAUCUCCCUCGAGCGCCAAUUCGAGUUGUCCGAGGCCGUGCUUGGGAGUCGCCCUAAGCAUGGGCUCGAGGAGAGUGCCCCGAGGUCGGAAGAUAUAGAGUCGGGGGACAACGAAAGGGAAGAUGGCGGGGAGGCCGGAAACGAUGAAGAACCAUGGCAGCCAUCCUGCUCCGAGGGGGUUGCUGGGGAUAUGAAUCCGGUGGAAGUCAUUCGCAAGGCCAAACUGUUGGCUCGAAACCGAGGCCGAGGAGCGGAGGUUCAACGAGGAUCUCCACCCGUGGGCGCAACUGGUUCUGUUGCCUCGGCCCGGACGCAGGAAGAGGCUCCGGCCCGGAAUCAAAGAAAGAGGAAGCUCAUCCAGGUCGAGGAUGAGGAAACCACGUCCGAGCAGGAUGUGGUUCUGACCGAGAGUCCAACGGGCAAGCGCCGAGGCUAUCCUCGAGGUGGAAAGAGUCCCACUUCCCUCAACAAGGCCGACGGGAAUGUGCAUGCUGAGGCCGAGGCUGCUUCCCUUUCCGCGACACUCAAAGAUGAGGACGAGAUUCUCUCGUCCUUGCAGGGGCUUAUGAACAGUUUCCACAAACAGGUUAGGUUCUUGAUGUCUUAACUCUCCUUACCUGUGCGAACAACUGACC